AUGCGGGGGUCGCGUGGGCUGUGGCGGAGGACGCGGACGCCGCGCGUCUGCCGCCUGGCUCGCCGCCGCCGCCCCGGGGCUCCUCCGCGCGCCCGCAGCAGCGUCACAAGGCUUCGUCUCUUACAUCCCAGCGCGCGGACGCGAAGCGCCUCCCGAAGCGGGCCGAGCUCAGGACAAACAGCACCGGCGGGAGACGGCCGGGGAUGCCGGAGCGUCGCGCUCUUUGCCGUCGCGCUCGUUGCAUCCACGGCGCUUUUCUUUUACUUGACUUACCGCCAGUGCCUGCGCGACGAGACCGUGAGUAGUGCGUUUCAGGAGCAGUUGAACCCCGCACCAGAGGGCGAAGCCGUGACGCAGAGCCCAGGCGGCACGGGACGAUCGUGGGCUCCGCGAACGAGGUGUCGUGAGGCCGUGAACGCCGAACAGUUCCGCUGGCUGCUGCGGAUGAGAAGAGCCACAAACGGCUUUGCGACAAUCCUGUUGGCGGUGAGCUGGCAUCAGCUGCUGCAGGGCGAUGGUGCGAGCCUGCACUCAGUCCUCCCUCUCCUGGGCGUCGCGGGGCUGGUUCCGCACGUCGACGAGAAGCUGCAGCACCGGCGCGCCGCAGCCGCCGGCGCCCAGGUGGGCGAGCAGAGUGCCGCACAGGGUCUUCAGCGGCAGCCACAGCCGGAACCCACGCCGGCGGGUGGGCUCCGCGCCCGGCUGUACCAGUUUGGGGUCGAGUGGCUGUCCAUCAACAUGCUCAGAGUGGCAGGCGUCCUCUUCGUCGUCGGUAGUCUCGGACUCCCCAGACUCGCCCCCGAAGGCGCGGCGCGCUCGUGGUCUGCAGGACUCGCAGAUUCGCCCCCGCCUGAUGCCGCACGACUCGGGUUCGCUCGGCAUCUGGGAGCAGGCGCCGUCUAG